CAUGGCGGGAAGUGGAACGAUUGAGGUCUCGUUCGCGGACAAUUAUGCAAUACUUUCCAUGAAAAAUGGGGAAAACGGGCUUAAUGUAAAUUUUUUGAAAGAAUUCUAUGCUGCUCUGGAUGAAAUCGAAAGAAAUGAAAAGGUUAAAUUUCUGAUCACCACUGGGAAUGAAAAAUUUUAUUCAAAUGGGAUGGAUCAAGAAUUCCUUGCGACAUGUACUCCAGAAGAGUUCCUAGAAACCAUGACUUGGGUUUUCAAACUCCUGGCAAGAUUAUUAUCAUUUCCCAUGUUAACAGUGGCUGCAUUGAAUGGACAUACCUUUGCUGGUGGAGCAUUGUUAGCCCUUGCACAUGAUUAUAGAGUUAUGAGAACCAAGAAAGGUUGGUUCAGCUUUCCAGAGGUCAAGUAUGGUAUGCGUUUUGGUAUCGGAAAUAACCUAUUGAUGAGAGUGAAGAUAAAGGAUUCCAAAGUUAUUGCAGAUGCUGUGUUCAUGGGACGACAGUUUGUAGCAGAAGAGGCUUUAGCUGGUGGAAUUGUCCAUAAAAUCUGUGAUAUAGAAAAACUUCUAGAUACAGCUGUACAGAUGGGAAAGGCAGCUAUAGGAAAUAUUACCUUGAAUAGAGAUAGUGUCAAGCAUUUAAAAUCAGAUCUCUACAGUGAUAUCAUAAGUGCUUUUCAAAGUCACAUUUUAAACCAUAAAAGUCUCCUCAAGAGCUUUGCACAAUUUGGAAGGAAGUCAAAACUCUGAACGAUGUUUAGGCUAUUGUAAAAUUUUCAAAUCAAACAUUGUGAUGGGCUUAAUUAAGUCUUGUAUCAUUUUGAACUUUUUCUGAGAGACAUCCUUAGUGAGUAUGGGUGAAGUGGGGAGGUGUGGUGACUAGGAAAGAUAUUUCUUGUUAAUGCAAAACACUUCCAUAAGUAACAAAGUUUUUAAACUGGCUAUAUGGAGUUAUUCCAAGAAACCAAUGCUGGCCGUUUGGGAGAUAAGAUUGGAUACAAUGGUGGAUUGACACUAGUUAAGGUGUCAUAGGAAGAGACGAAAAAAAAAACCUUGUAUUCAAUCUUCUGUCCCCACAAACACAUAAAUAGCGACUAAGUAUGAAUCUGACUUUUUGCCAAGAACUGUAUGCAUAGUGAAGUAUGGUUCUACAGAAAUCUUGCCCUAUUUUGCUUGAGCAGGCAUGAUGGCAGUUCUAAUAAUGGUUUCAAAGAAUCUACCGUGUAGCAUCAAGCUCAUUGGUGUUCAGUUAUCAUUCUUUACUUCCUGGGCUAUUUAUAAAAACCUCAAUAACUAAAUUUACCUUGGUUGCAUAAUGGAACAUUGCCCAUAAGAAUUUUGACAAGCAAAUCUCAGACCACCUCUUUCCUUAUUGCAAAUACUUAUGAGGGAAUUUAAAUGAACAAUAAAUAGGCCAGACCACAACACCAGGAACUAUGUCCUAUGCUUUGCAAGAAGUGAGUGGGUUCUUUCAAGCUUUCCUCCAAGCAGUACAGAGAAGAUGCAGUAGACAGGGCUGGAGAAGGACAGAAUGUUUUACCAUUUCUAGAUGUCACAGCAAAGGCAGUACAUUCUCCUCAGUUUAUUUAAGACCUUGAGUUUCAGUCUGGUCUGAGGCUUGAACCUCAUUCUUCCGUACUGCAGUCUGAGACUUUAAAACAUGAGCUGACCAAGUGCUGCUCUCAUUGUAAAAAUUCUGAAUCAAAAUACUUCAGUCUUGAUAAAUUAAUUGUUCAUCUUCAGAUAUCAAUAAAAACUUUGCCCACUCUAA